AGACCUGUAUCUGUGCUGAAGGACAGAUAUCAAUGACUGAAGAUCCGAAUGGCUCCUCUAAAGAAAGCGAAGAAGAAUUUUUAAAGAAAGAUACAGUUUUUCAGGAUUUAAAAUUGCCAAAAGAUGACUCCGGUGUGAGAGAACAUUCCAGAAUGUGUCCCGAUGAACUCGGCGAGAGAGUGCUUCUUCAGAAUGAGAUCAAGAGAGAAGUUGACUAUGUAGAUGACGGCAAAAAGCAGAACUGUGAGGAGAUGCAGGAUUCAACCAAUGAAUCAUCAAAGCUCCCUGAGUUGCAGUUAUUUCAUUACAAACAGGACGACAAACAGCAGGCGUUGCAAAUUGUAUUUUGUCAUCUUGCUCAAGAAAAGCUUGCUGGUAUGGCAGAUGUGCCUAACAGUAUCCUAAAGGAGAAAGAUGUGCAAGGGUCUUCAUCCAAUACAAGUGGUCAGAAGAGAAGUCUACAAACCAAGGCUCAUUUCAGGACCAUUGCACCAAAAGUUACCACAUCAGUGAUAACUAAUUCCGCUUCUUCUCUGGUACCUCAUUCUCCUGUGAGUGGCGUUUCUACAAGACCUGCCAGCUCACCAGAUAGCCAGAGCAGUAAACUUACAACAACUAGCACAAAACCCAUUAUAAUGCCAUCUCAGAGCUAUGCCUUGAUGCCGAUUGCUGGUAAAGAGGGAACGUACUCUCUUGUGGCUUUGCCGCAGGUGUCUCCAACUCCUGCCCGAGCGUCACCACAAGUUUGUAAACCAAUUGUUGGACCUUGUACCAGUCAACCACAGGCUUCUCAAGCGGGUCUUCAACCACGUCCAAGACCCCCGAUAGGGUUAUUCAGAAAGGCACCUUCUAAUGUUGCUCCCGCGGAAGUAUUGAAACUUCCAAUUCCCCGUUACCAAUCCAUAAGGGCAAAGCCAGCUCCGGAGAAGGGACUUGCGUCAACAAUGACGAUUGUGAAGCCCAGUAACGAACAAAAUCAAACGUGUCAACAACCAGUGACUCCAAUACAAGUUCAGUCAGCUUCUGUCUCCAGUCACUCUCCAGCGUAUCCUAACCUGCUAACAUCUAAACAAGGAUUACUGGCUGAGGGGGAGAAAGCACCUGCUGACCUGAUGAUCUCUGUCACAGUUGCCCAGGGUAGUGGGGUCAUGCCAAGACAUUCUUCCAGCUCCAAGACUGAUGUAUUGAAACCCAGUGAAGUGAAUCGACCUGUAUGCUUGUCUGCCUCGCCCAGCAUGGAUGGAUCGUUACCGCAGGCUGUGCCGAUGAAGGUUUUUCCGAAACCCAACCCGGAUUCCCUGUCUGCCACCAGUACCUGCACUCUCUCAACUUGGUCUGUUGUCCAAAAUGAUAAGCAGUCGCCGCUGAUAACGCAGGCCAUCAGACCUCCCAGCUCAAUGCCUGUGAUGCAGUUUGGAAACUCUGUGCAGUUUAUUGCACCCGCACCAAAAGGCAAAGUUCCCAUUUUGCCAUAUUCUCGAGUUAAAGGAGCGAUCUUCCUCAACUCAAAACCCAAUCAGACUCCUGUUGCAGCUGCACCUGCUCAUUUAAUGCCUGCACCCUCCAGUUUACCCUCAGUCAGUGAACAGACCAGACUUGCUCCAACUUCUAGACUUGUUCCUUGUGCUUCUGGUUUCUCUGUACGGGGUGAAUCUAAGCCAGGCAGCCAGAAAUCUUCCGAGCUCCUGCACAGUGACUACCUCCGCAUGUCGCCCAAGGUAGUCAUAAUUCGAUUGAAGAAACCAAUCAGUAAUCUGCCCAAGCACAGAUUAGUAAGGAAACGAAAGGUCACAGAUAAUGUAGCCAUUUCUAGAACAAAAAGGUUUAAGGCCUCUAAUCUCUUUAGCAGAAUGCAGGAAGAUAAAGACAAGGUGAAACGUGAUUCUUGUCCUCAGGAGACUGGCACUUUCAAAACGGAUGAAGACGGCAACAAAGCGGUAACAACUGAAAACUCAGACAAAACGGCCGCGGUGUUGAAGAAGUUCUGCAACAUCAUGCCCAAACCUGUGAUGACCGUGCAGGCUGUGGCUCCACUCCCAUCACCCGCAGGAAUGGUUACUUUACAGAACUUCGACAGCAUAAAGUCAGGGAUGGCACCAAGCAGCACGGCAGCGAGCAGACCAGGGCACAUAAUGCCAAGCGAACAUAGUGUAUCGGCCAAGCUCCCUGCUUACUGCAGGAACUUGCCCGCGCACUUGGUGCUAUGCAAACAGGUCUACAAAUGCAACGUUUGCAGCCGAGGGUUUCAGUUCAAGCAUCACCUCCAAGACCAUCUGAACAUUCACUCCAACAGCAGGCCUUACUGCUGCCGCAUCUGCCACAAGGCUUACAGUCACUCGGGCAGCCUGAGCACGCACAUGAAAAGGCGUCACAGCGACAUCCGUCGCAAGAAGCUCAUGUGCUGCGAGUUCUGUGCUAAGCUUUUUGGGCAUAUUGGAGUCUACUUUAGUCACCUGAAAGAAAUCCACAAGAUCUUGAUCAGCGGUGACUUUUCCAGCCAACACCUGGCACCCGAUAAUCCCGUUAGCGUAAAGAGUGAAUCGAUGGGAGCUGCACUGAACCAGCUUUCAUCAGAGAGGAAGCGAGCCGGCCAGGUGGGAGAUGAGAGCCUGCCCCGAGCAGCUGCGAUGGGACCGGGGAAUCUGCAGAUAAGAUGCAGCCGCUGCCAAGUCAUCACCCCAACCUUUGUGGAGAUGAAGCUUCACCUGUUGUGUGUGCACAGGGAGGAACUGCAGCUGAGGGUAGAGGAGGGGACAGUGAAAGAGAAAGGCAGGUUUCUUAGUGGCCUCCCCAUCUACACCAGCAAGGAAACCGAACAAGAGCUGUACAAACACGCAGCGAACUACUGGAAGCAGCCCGUGGAGAAAAAGCCCCUGGUUAAGUGUGGCGUUUGUGACAAAACGUUCUACUCCUACGCUAAACUGAAAAAGCACGUGCUUUUGCGCAAUAAGGAGCGACCCAGACUACAGGCCGGGGAGUCAAGAACGUUUCCCAAGAGGCCAGAUGAGGAGAUCCAUUUCUUUACAAGUUUGGGCUACAACUGCAUUCUGUGCAAGUUGGGCUGUGAGAGCAAAGUGGAACUGAUCGGGCACUGGCAGAGCUAUCACAACUGCGAGGACCCCGCUGUCCUUUGGGCCAUCUUCAGCUCUGCGAACGGGAAUGGUCGCACGGACCGUGAGGAAUGGCCUGGGAUCUCGCCAGAGCACAGCACCGGCAGCGGAGAGACGUGUUAUGGACAGCCGGAGGGCACAGCAGCGCAGACAGGGCUCGAGGAUGAGGACAGGACUUCAGAAUGCGAGUGCCGGGUGCACUCUGGCAGCUCGAGAGGCGGAACAAUGGAAAACCACCAGUUAAUUUGCCCCUUCUGCCUGAAAACAUUCUCCUGCAGCAGCUUUGGUGAAGAAGUUGUGCUUGAGCAAGAACACCAGUGCCCAAAGUGCCUUGUGAAGUUCUCAUUAACUGCUAAGGGUCUUGGAGCCCGAGUGUUGUGUUCCUCAUCCAAACAUUGCGGUCACAGCACAAGUGCUUCAAAGACUGAAGAGUCUGUGAGGUUACACCUAAAAUCUUUCUCUGAGGAGUCGAGAUGGUCGUUGUGAGUUUGGGUGGAUGCAGCAAACUUCCUGACGCAUUGGCCAGUGUAAAAGCGCCACCUUCUGGUCAGAGCCUCAAAGCUACCCAGCUCUCGAGCAGCUCCCAGAGAAAGCUGCUACAACAAGCAGAGAGGGAACCAGGCCACAAGGAUCUUGCAUUAGUUGUGUUAAGAACCUGCUGAAUUGCGGACUUUGAAGAUCAAACGAGAAGCAGUCCUCUCUUACGACUUGUAAGCAUUUACAAGGAACACCUGGACCAGCCAAACGUCCGUUUUAUUUGACUCUCACUGUGACGGGCGAGUUGAACAACCUUUCCCGACCACUGACUUUUGAAGCAGGUACUGGAUUAAAUCGUUGAGCGUUGAGUUUUACAACAGUUAUCGAUAAUAUUUCAAAUCAUCCUCUGCUGUCCUCUUGUGUUGCGAAUCAAAUUGCCUUUUGUUGAAUUUCCUGAAAUACGAACCAAGUCUAAGCAGAUUGAUCAUGAGUGGGACUUGGAGGGUUAACACGUGCCACAUGGGGCUAGGAUUCCUCCUCCUCAGCUCCUGGUAACCCUGUCAUAAUGGUAAGCAAUUUGUUUGGUCAGCC